CGUCUCCAUUUAAAGUCUUGUGUGCAAAAGAAGAUCAAGGUUAAUGGAAAGACCAUGGCACAGGCUUCUUUGAGGUUUGGAAAAACAGAUGCUGGGACAGUUUCAGUUGAGAAUUACACCUUUGAUCAAGACAUAGCUAGACAAGAACUUAGUGCAAUGAUAGUACUUCAUGAGUACCCCUUAAGCAUGGUUGACCAUGUAGGUUUCCGAAGGUUUGUUGGUGCACUUCAGCCACUUUUUAGGAUUGGGACAAGGAACACUAUAAGAUCUGAUAUUAUGGCACAAUAUGAGUUGGAGAGAAAGAAAGCAAUUGAGUAUAUGGCUGGAAUUCAAUCAAGAGUUGCUAUCACCACUGACUUAUGGACCUCUGAUAAUCAAAAAAGAGGUUACAUGGCUAUUAUUGCUCACUUCAUUGAUGAAUCUUGGACCCUUAGAAACAUUAUCAUGAGGUUCAUUUAUGUACCUGCUCCUCACACCGCUGCAGUCAUUGGUGAUGAAUUAUAUGAAUCCUUGGUUGAUUGGAAUAUUGAUGAAAAGAUAUCCUCAAUUACUCUAGACAACUGCACCACAAAUGAUGCGGAAGCCAGCAAACAUGGGGUUUAAAUCAGAAUUGGACCGCUACUUGGAUGAAGAGAUGUUGAGCAUGCAAACAAAAAACUUUAAUGUGUUGGAUUGGUGGAAGGUGGCGGGAACUCGAUAUCCCACUUUGAGGAUGAUUGCAAGGGAUAUAUAUGCUAUCCCUGUUACAACUGUUGCUUCGGAGUCAGCUUUCAGCACCGGGGGUAGAGUUCUUAGUGAGCAUCGUAGCAGGCUCACUUCUAAGAUGUUGGAGGCUCUCAUGUGUUCCCAAAACUGGCUUCGGAACAAGUACAAAGGUAUACAGUUGGUUUGAUGUAGUCUGUAGAAUUCAUAUUUUAUUUAUACUCAU